GUUUAUAUUUAUCGUAAAGGGGCGUGGACUCCUGAAAACUGCGGAAGCGGAAACCGUCACGUCGUGUCGACUCCUCGAAGAUAGCCGAAGAUAUGUUGGAGCUGUAGGAUCUGGUUUCUGACAUCCUGAGACAAGCAAAUGCAGUCAGGGGGAAGAGAGACCUGCAGGAUGUACGCUCACUGAGCCAGCAACUGCACCCGAGGAACAUAAAAAUAAGUCUUUGACAGCACAGCAGGUGGACUUUACAAAAGUUCUCUGUGCCAACUCUGUAAGCAUGCAGCAAUUGUUCACGAGUUUUCUCUGAAUCAGAUCACGGUGGUUUGAUUCCCCACCUUCCCCCCCCCCAGACACCAUGACGUCCUCUAUGCUCCGCCGACAGCUGAAGAACCUGGUCCAGAACUACUCCGAGGCUGAAGUUAAGGUGAGAGAGGCAACAUCUAAUGACCCAUGGGGCCCAUCCAGCACUCAGAUGGCUGACAUCUCUGAUUUGACCUACAAUGUGGUUGCCUGCAACGAGAUCAUGACGAUGCUCUGGAAACGCCUGAAAGACGACAAGAACUGGAGACACAUCCACAAGUCCCUGACACUGCUGGAGUACCUGUUAAAGACUGGUGACGAUCGUGUGCUUCUGAAAAUGAAAGACAACAUCUACAUCGUCAAAGCCCUCACAGAGUAUCGCUUUGUAGAAAAGGAUGGCAAAGAUCAGGGUGCAAAUGUGAGAGAGAAGGCCAAGGUUGUCCUUGUUCUUAUGGAGGAUGAUGAUAAACUAAAGGAGGAGAGAGACUUUGCUGUCAAGACCAGAGAGAAGACAUCAAAAAGUUCUGCUGCCUCAUCCACUGAUGCCAUCAAGGAUCCCAACUACAAGCCAUGCUACGUGGCCGGGGGCUCAGGGCUUCCAUCCUUAGACAACAUCCCUUCGGUGGCCGAUUUGACUGCUUCCUUUGCUGCCCGCAAAGAGGAGCGUCUUAGACAGGAAGCUGAGAAGAAAGAAGCAGAGAGGAGGGCCAAGAUGACUGAAGAUGAGCUUAAAUGGGAGGAUGCAGGCAAAGGCAAUGACGUUAAAGGAGGUGCUUGGGGAGGAGAGAAAGCAGAGGAGGAGGUGAAACCAGACACAUGGGGAGCCCCCAAAGAACCCAAGGAGGCCACAGAUCCAUGGGGCACACCCACAAGACCAGACACAACUGACACAACAGCCAGCAGUGAUCCUUGGGGGGCUCCAACUAAAACUGAUGAAGAUCCAUUUUCAGCACCAAAAGCUGACGAAGAUCCAUUUUCAGCACCAAAAGCUGACGAAGAUCCAUUUUCAGCACCAAAAGAAGACAAAGAUCCAUUUGCUGCCCCAAAGAAUGGAGAAGAUCCUUUUGCAGCACCAAAAGAUGAACCCGAUCCAUUUAAUGCAUCAAAAGAUGAUCCUUUCAAGGCACCAAAAGACAAGGAAGAUCCCUUUGCUGCUCCAAAAGAUAAACCAGAUCCAUUCAGUUCAUCUAACAGUGAUCCAUUCAGUGCACCCAAAGAUGAUCCAUUUAAUGCCCCCAAAGAUGAUCCAUUUAAUGCCCCCAAAGAUGAUCCAUUUAAUGCUCCAAAAGAUGAUCCGUUUAAUGCUCCAAUAGAUGAUCCGUUUAAUGCUCCAAUAGAUGAUCCGUUUAAUCCUCCAAAAGAUGAUCCGUUUAAUGCUCCAAAAGAUGAUCUGUUUAAUGCUCCAAAAGAUGAUCCGUUUACUGCUCCAAAAGAUGAUCCGUUUAUUGCUCCAAAAGAUGAUCCGUUUAUUGCUCCAAAAGAUGAUCCGUUUACUGCUCCAAAAGAUGACCCAUUCAGUAUCCCAAAAGACGAUCCCUUCACUGCUUCCAAAACACUACCUAAAGAAGAUCCUUUCUCUGCUCCAACUAAACUUAUCCAAGACGAUCCUUUUGCUUCACCAACAACACCACCCAAGGAGGAUCCUUUCUCUGCACCGACUAAACCUAUAAAAGAUGACUCCUUUGCUGCUCCCACAACACCUCCUAAAGAAGAUCCGUUCUCUGCUCCAACUAAACUUAUCCAAGAUGACCCUUUUUCUGCACCAACAACACCACCUAAAGAGGAUCCGUUCUUUGCUCCACCCAAACCCACAAAAGACGACCCUUUCUCUGCACCAACAACACCCCCUAAAGAGGACCCAUUCACAGUGCCAUCCAGCCCACCAAAAGAUGAUGCCUCUGAUCCCUUCAGCGCCCCUUUGGUGAGCUCGCCCCAAGGCAGUGCAGAUGCGUGGGGAGCCCCUGCUAGCCCUCCACCUGCCACCGGGUCAGAUCUGUGGGGGGCUCCAUCUGCUCCAAAGGAAACAAAAGACGGAGAUCCCUGGGGGGACGGGACAAGCGCCUCCUCACCGAUUGAUAGUUCUAAUGCAUUUGGGGACGCAUCUAAACCAGACAAUGACCCAUGGGGAGUCCCAGCUGCAGCUCCAGUUAGCACAGAUGAUGCUUGGGGUUCACCUGCUCCGCCAUCAGACUCCUGCCCAUCUAGUGACCCCUUUGGAGACGGAGCAUCUAAAAAAGAUGACCCUUGGGGUGCAUCGAGCAGUGCACCUAGCAAUGGGACAGGAAAGCGAACAUCGCAGGGAAAGGAGACAAAUAGAAAGACUGCUUCGUUUCUGGGUUCUGCGGGGGCGUCACUUGUUGACUUGGAUGAUCUAUUUUCUUCUAACCCCAAACCAAAACAGCGCCCCCAUGUCAGCACACUUAACGCCCAGACAGAAGUCAUUGGCAAUUUCAAAGCCAGGGGCAUGACAUCUGGCCCUGUGGUCAGACCAGGGGCUGUUGCAGGGAUGUCCCCUCCUGAAACAUCAGCCCCAUACUGCAGACCUUUUGGUUCCACCCUUACUCCCUCCUUUGGUGCACCUUCUCCCACUUUUGGAGCUGCUGAAACUCCCCUAUUUCAGCUACCAUCCCAUACCCUGGGGGUAUCUCACUCCGGCUUAAAUAUGCUUCAGGCAUCUCAGGUGGCUCCUCUGUAUUCAGGAACUGGAAUGGUACAAUCUGUUUCUGUGGGAGGAGUGGGAAUGGUGCAGUCUGGAUCGCUGGUGGGGAAUCCUUUCGUAGACCCCCUCUUGUUUGAACAAAGAAUGGGUCAGUCCAGUUUCUCUGGAGGGAACUGUCAAGCAGGAGUGGCUCACUUGCGAGGGUCCACUCCACAAGCUGGAGGUGGAGUCCCUUUCCAGCCGGAGUGGCUCUCGAGCAGUGGGUUGGGUGAGACUGUGAAAAACAACAAUCCAUUCAUGUUCUGACAACUUGACAGGUUAUUCCUUCCUAUGAGAUGCCGGGAUUAUAUUAAAUGGCCACACUGGGUAGGUUUACAUGUUUUAGCCUCCAGAAUAUCUACUGUUUAAGCUUUUAAAACAUAGCCAUAGGAGUAGAUUGCUUUCCUAUGUACGUUCCAGGCAGCCACUGGUUAUGUUGUGAAUUUUCCAUCAUACUUUUUGUCAACCUUAUAGUAUCAUCAAAUGUUAUUUCAGUUUUGUAGAGAGGGACUAUUAAGGUAACUCAUAUUGGAAGGCUAGGCACAUUUAUUUGUAUAGCACCUUCCAAAUAACAAUAAAAUUCAAAGUGCCUCUCUAAGUGUACAAACAAUAAUCAAACAGUGAUAUUCUGAAAAGGAUUACGUGAAUUUGACCAUUUCUUGUAUUAAAAGGUUGAUUUUCAGCAGCCUGAAUGCACCAAGAAUGAAGAGUUUCCAAAACUAUUUACGUGACGAGUUCAGUCGUGAAAGUUCCUGCUUGUAACUGGACUAGCAUGUAUUAAUAGCAUUACUUUGACAAAAGAAUAAAUGUUUCAUUGGUUGACUGAACCAAUGGCAGCAUGGAAGGUAAGAAACAGUAUAAACAAUUAUGGUAUACUGUUGGAAAAUGGGCAGUAGUGACUUGUCAGGCUAAAACAUGCAAAAUCUCUAGUGUGAUCCUUUUUAAUUAAACCCAUCACCUCCCCAGCUUACCCUAUCCUCCCCCUGAGAUCUACUCAUGUCCAAUUAAUAUAAAAGCCAUGGUUUAAAUGUAUGCAGCAUAAUAUAUUAACUGAAAUACACACAAAAUAUGUAUGAAACUGUGUACUUAUUUGAAACAAAGUCAUUUUCAUGCACAGGUCUAAGAAACAAAGAGCACCUUUGUGAGAGUGUCGUGGAAAUCCUGAAGAAUUACUGUUUAUGUGAGUGUUGUUUCAUUCUGUGACUGGUCCUUUAAAACACUGACAGGACUGAUCUGGGAAAGACGUCGCUGUAGGUUCUCAUUAAGUGUGCAUGUGUUUGUACAAGGCGGAGUGUGUGUGUGUGUGUGUGUGUGUGUGUUUGACCUGUAUGCACGCAGUGUGUGUGCAGUAUUUAUUGUGCUGAUGUAAAUAGUGGAAGUAAUCACAGAUAAACCUUGAAUUAUUCUGUAUAUUAAGAGUGUUACAAUCAUGAGUAACUAUUUAUCAAUUUAUUGAUUGAUUGAUUGAUUUAUUGCUUGAUUAUUUAUUGAUGCAACAAUGCAGCAGUGGCCUCCAACAAAGAGAAGUUCAGGUUAACUUUCGUUACAGUGUCAUAAUCAGAACGGUUCCCCUGAUGGUAUUGAUCACAUGUGAUGUCAAGCAUGAUUGGCUCAAACCUGACUUGGCUGCUCAAACACUGCAUUAUCAAUCAACUCAGUAACCAAUGGUGGCUUUCUCUUCCCUGUUUUGAGUUGUCGUUGUCAUUCUGGAUUCAUUGUGUAACUGAACAUGUCUUCGCUGUAUCUCCUGGCAUUAGACAAGAAACAGAAAUGUAUUAUUGUAUGAUGUUUAGCUACGGUGUUGGCUAAAUAAAAACCGAAUUUGAACAUA